CGAGAAUGCACACUAUUCCGUGUGACGUAUUUCCGCUGUCUUUUCGAGCCUCGCUCUCUUUUUCCUCUGGCCUGGCAGCAAGCGUGCAGCCAAAAUGCAGAUAUUUGUGAAAACGCUGACCGGGAAGACAAUCACCCUUGAGGUGGAGCCCAGCGACACAAUUGAAAAUGUCAAGGCAAAGAUUCAAGACAAGGAAGGUAUUCCUCCGGAUCAGCAACGUCUAAUCUUUGCUGGCAAGCAGCUGGAGGACGGGCGCACAUUAUCAGACUACAAUAUCCAGAAAGAGUCCACCCUCCACCUGGUACUGCGCCUUCGUGGUGGUAUCAUUGAGCCAUCCCUCCGUCAGCUUGCUCAGAAAUACAACUGUGAGAAAAUGAUCUGCCGCAAGUGUUAUGCGCGUCUCCAUCCACGUGCUGUCAACUGCCGCAAGAAGAAAUGUGGCCAUACCAACAACUUGCGACCCAAGAAGAAGAUCAAGUAAAGUGUGUGACCUGUUUCAAAUUGUCAGUGUGGCAAAUAAUAAAUUUGAGAAAGUUUGUUGAA